GUCAGGAGCAGCGGCCGGAGCUGUCCAUCAGCACCAAAGGCCGCGGGCGGGCUCAGGGCAUGGGGCCGCGGCUCUGGGGCAACCUGAGCCCCUGCUCCCGCGCCUUUCCCUUCCCCAGGUCCGGCCUGAGUCCCCGGGCCCCGCGGGACGGGAGUGCCGCCCGGUGCUGGAGGCGGAGCGGCGACGCCGCCGCGCAGAGACCGGUGUCUCCGGCCCAGCAGCCCCUUUCCCCGCAAGGCGGACUUUUACCAGACCCCAGGGCGCCGGGGCCUCUGGCGCCCAGCAACUCCGGAUCCUCCGACCCCUGCACAGCCGCUUCCGCUCAGACGCUCAGGUCGCCUCCAGCACAGGCUGACCUGGGAGGGUGACUCCCUGUGUUCCCAGCACUAUGUCAGGCACUGUGGCAACAUUGCGGUUCCAGCUGCUGCCCCCAGAGCCAGAUGAUGAUGCUUUCUGGGGCGCACCCUGUGAACAGCCCCUGGAGCGCAGGUACCAGGCAUUGCCGGCCCUCAUCUGCAUCAUGUGCUGUCUGUUUGGAGUCGUCUACUGCUUCUUCGGUUACCGCUGCUUCAAGGCAGUGCUCUUCCUGACUGGGUUGCUGUUUGGCUCAGUGGUCAUCUUUCUGCUGUGCUACCGAGAGCGGGUGCUGGAGACGCAGCUGAGUGCCGGGGCGAGCGCAGGCAUUGCGCUGGGCAUCGGGUUGCUCUGCGGGCUGGUGGCCAUGCUGGUGCGCAGCGUUGGCCUCUUCCUGGUGGGGCUGCUGCUAGGCCUGCUGCUCGCUGCUGCCGCCCUUCUGGGCUCUGCACCCUACUACCAGCCCGGCUCUGUGUGGGGCCCACUGGGGCUGUUGCUGGGGGGUGGCCUGCUCUGUGCCCUGCUCACACUGCGCUGGCCCCGCCCACUCACCACCCUGGCCACUGCCGUGACUGGUGCCGCACUCAUCGCCACUGCUGCUGACUACUUCGCCGAGCUGCUGCUGCUGGGGCGCUAUGCGGUGGAGCGACUGAGAGCAGCCCCUGUGCCCCCUCUCUGCUGGCGGAGCUGGGCCCUGCUGGCACUUUGGCCCCUGCUCAGUCUGAUGGGCGUUCUGGUGCAAUGGCGGGUGACAGCUGAGAGAGACUCCCACACAGAAGUGGUCAUCAGCCGGCAGCGACGACGUGUGCAGCUGAUGCGGAUUCGACAGCAGGAAGAGCGCAAGGAGAAGCGGAGGAAGAAGAGACCCCCUCGGGCUCCACCCAGAGGCACCCGGGCUCCUCCAAGGCCCGGGCCCCCUGACCCUGCGUAUCGGCGCAGGCCAGUGCCCAUCAAACGCUUCAAUGGAGAUGUCCUCUCCCCGAGCUACAUCCAGAGCUUCCGGGACCGGCAGACCGGGAGCUCGCUGAGCUCUUUCAUGACCUCGCCCACAGAUGCGGACUAUGAGUAUGGGUCCCGGGGGCCGCUGACGGCCUGCUCAGGGCCGCCUGUGCGGGUAUAGCAGUACAGCUGCUCCUGCCCACCUAGACUCUGCGGUCACCAGCGCUGCCAGCUAGGGGAGGCCUGCUGGCCACCACCCAGCCGGCCUGGCCCUGUAGCCUUGGGCUGUCCCUCUUCCCACCCUGGACAGGGCUGGCCUGGGUGCUGGCAGGGACAACCUUGUCUUAGGCUAGGCCUGGCCUAAGGGGAAGGCCCCCUCCCAAGCGCCGAGGGGCUCCUGAGGGACGCGGGGUGUGAGCCCCAUUGGGGUGUGCUCAGGGUUGUGAGUGUGUUACCCGUGUGUGCGUGUACGUGUGGAGGGGUGGGCUUGGAGGGGACAGUGGGACUCUUGCCUUAGAUUUCUGAUUGGUAGGGCUUCGCCAAGGUUGGCCCGGCCUCCUCUCCCACUUCUGGGGUCCCCUGGGCCACUCUCCUGCAUGUCUAAGUGGAGGAGGUCUGCCUUCCUCCCCCAUUGCUCUGCCUCUCAACCAGACUCAUCUAAGGGUUCUUGUCCUUGUUCACGGGGCAAACUGUAGCACCCCUCACCCUGGUCCCCUGUCCUCUGCAAAGCCACCAGCCUGAGGGCAGUGGCAGGGGAUGGGGGUGGGGGGUGCUGCUCUGGGUUGGGUUGGGGAGAGGGCUGGGGGGAGGGGGCUUAAAUGCACGGUGCAUGUCUGGUGUCUGUCAUGCCAGCCUGGACACCUCAUGCUUCUGUCUCCCCCACCCCACCCUGUUUUACAUCUUUUAUAAAUGUGCCAAGCGGUGUGGCUUUUGCCAGGA